AUGGACGCGCCGCUCGCGUUGCAUCGCUGCCGGUUCGUCGACUUCACUCCUUCACCAAUAACGGCCAUCGCAUUUCCUCCUCUUCCACUCCCUAAGAAGCCGUCCUCUAUAGGAAAACAACCUGAACGAUACGGCACACUUGCUGUUGGGCAUGCUAACGGAAACAUCGACCUUUGCGAAUGGGCAGGAGGCCAACAAUCUCCGCAAUCGUGGACUGUUCGAACGACACUCUCUGGGCCCUACCCCUCAAAAGUCGACUCGCUAGUCUUCGCCAUUCGUUAUCCUGAUCUAAUAGACCCAACGGUGGUCCCUUCUUCUUCGGACCUUCGCUUAUUUUCCUCGGGUGGAGGUAGCGACCUGUUAGAAUGGGAUAUGGACCGUGGUUGUGUGCGGCGCACAAUUAGCUCGCAAGGGGGCUCUAUCUGGUCUAUUUCUGUCAAUCCUGCGUCAAAUAUUAUAGCGCUUGGAUGUGAGGAUGGCACGGUUCGACUACUUUCCAUCGCCAACGACACUUUAUCUCAUUACCGUCGUUUCGAUCGGGUCAAGUGUCGCGUCCUAAGCAUAGCUUGGGGCCCACCAAUACCGAAACAAAAUAAAACCAUUACAGCAGAGGGGUCAAGCGAUGAAGAUGAAGACGACGAAUACUGGACAGAUUCCUGGCUUGUGACGGGAGGAUCAGACAGCAGUCUUCGAAAAUGGGAUGUGAAGAGUGGUCGAUCUAUUGAUCGCAUGGGUACCGACAAAAUUCGCGGAGAGCGAACGCUGGUCUGGGCAGUUGGCGUCCUUGGCGAUGGUACAAUUGUCUCGGGUGACUCAAUGGGAUUGGUCAAAUUCUGGGACUCUCGGACAUGUACGCAGCUGCAGAGUUUCCAAGCGCAUGGCGCUGACGUCCUCUGCCUAACGAUUGACCCGACGGGUACCGCUGUCUACACUGCUGGUGUUGACCAAAAGUUGACGCAAUUCUGCUUUAUCAACACUUCAACUGGGGACAAGGGCAAAGCUCGACGUUGGAUUCAGACCUCCUCGCGUCGUUUACACUCGCACGACAUUCGAGCACUUGCUAUGUGGCCCCCAUAUUCGACUCUCCCAUCUUCACACAAGCGUCUUUUUCCAGUAGACAUUGCGCCACUCCUGAUUUCUGGCGGUCUCGAUAUGUCUGUCGUGGUUACCCCUGCAGCUCUUCCCACGAGCACUGUCGUAAAAAUUGUAAACCCAAUAUCCACCAGCGUUCAUUGCACAUUCGAGGACUCAUAUCAUCGGCGGCUAGCUUAUACUCCUGGGCCAUCUUCGAUUCAAGUCGCCAGGGAGGCACGACUAAUAUCUUGUACGCGGGAUUCCGGCUUGGAACUAUGGCGAAUUCCCCGAAAAGCAUCUUCAGAUGAAGCUGCAGGGUGGGAAAAAAUCUUGACUAUGGACUUGAAUGUCCACACUAAUCUGCUUGCCAGCGCCAUCUCAACGGAUGGCAAAUGGCUGGCCACCUCUGAUCUCUACGAGUCAAAAUUAUUCUCACUCGUUUCCGAUUCUGAUGGCUGCAUUGCACCUCGACGUGUCCGCGAUUUUUCUGCUAUCCUACGCGCUCAUUUACCGCCAAAGAGCACGUCGAGUGGUGCUUUUGCCUUCCACUUCACAGCAGAUUCGUCGAAAUUAGUCAUCUCAACCGCUACGGGAGCCUUCAUCCUCGUUGUGGACCUGGGGAAAGUUGAGCAACCUCGGGUUCUACGUCGGUUUGAUCAGCAUCGGAUGGCAAGCCUGACGAAAAAUCGUGUAGUUGUGGGUCGUUCAUCAGUUGAUGAAGAGGAACCUGAACCUGAGGAAGAAGAAGAAGAGCAUGAUUUUACCCCUAUUGCGACGUCGAUCCUGCGACUGGCUACAAGUUUUGACGGACAAUGGCUAGCGUCGUCAGACGUUCAUGGUCGGACCCACGUGUUCAAUCUUGAUUCUGUUCAGCACCAUUGUGUUUUGCCCUCGUUUCCACUAGCAGCACAAUCUAUCUGUUUCGACCCAAGCCGGCCCAGCGUUCUGGUCUUGGCAUUUCCCGAUAACAGUAUCCAAAUCUUCGAUGUGGAAGCGCGCCAAUUUCCUCCUUGGGGAAAAGAAAUUUGCGAUAACCUGCCCAAACGCUUAACACGGACGCAUGACCACAUUUUGGGUGUCACAUUCGACCCAGCGAUGGAGUCCCAGUCUUCUACGCCACGAUCUAUGCUGCUUUGGGGAUCUACCUGGUUGUGCAAGCUCAGACUUGAGCGCAGUGACACAACGGCUCGCUCCGCUCAACGGAAACGCCGUCGAGAUGAUGACAAGAGUCCAAAAAUGGAGCCUGUGGAUGACUAUCUGAAGAUGGUUACUCACUAUCGUCCUAUUCUGCAUCUUGAUUUUCUUGGUGCUGGGGAGGUUGUGGUGGUUGAACGACCAUUAGUUGACGUUCUUGCGACAUUACCGCCAGCUUAUUUCGUUCACAAGUACGGGACGUAA